GUUGAAAGUAACUUACACGGCUGUGUAACUAGGAGGGAGCCGCGAAGCUUGAAAGACGAAAAGGCGAAAUGGAAGACCCCCUGCUCGCGAAAAACGACGAAGGAGAAUUUGAUACUUUGAAAAACAGUGGUUCCGAGGCAGAAGAUGAUAUUGGCUAUCACUCAAUUGGACGAAACAUCAAGGUAUUUUUUUUUUCCAAAUUUUAGCUGCGUCGUAAGUUUAACAGCUGAUCUGAUCGGGCGCAUAGCACCGGCUUGCUAAAGACUUAACCAAAGUAACGGUCACUGCUUUAAAUGGCAUCGAAAAAGUAAUGCAUCUUUUACUGUCAGUGUUUAAUAUGGAUCGGAUAAUUAAGAGUUCCAUGAAAAAAAAUGAUGACUCUGAAAAAAAUUUUAUUGAUGAAGUUAAUCUACAAUAUUCCAGACACCUGACAGCUACAUUUACAAUCAGGUGAGCUUUCAUGGAUUGACAUCAUGAAGUUCAGUUGGUAACAUGCCUCGAAAACUCCCCACUAAACAAUAGUUAGUCACCAAACUUGUGUCUCAUUGCAUUAUAUUGCUUGUCUUGACCAAUUUUUUCCCCCGGUUCGUAAGGUAUGCAUUUAGUCAACUAUCAUUUGAAAAAUAUAUUUUGCUAUAAUCCCUGAUAAUCAACCCUUUUUAAAUAAUAUAGUAGACUAGAGCUGGCGCUUCUAUUGUCUCGGCUGAUAUAUGAACAGAUCUGCUUUGUAAGAGGAAGAAAUCUGACCUUUUUUUGCCUAUGCAGAGUGUAAACUCCAUUAACAGUUUUAUACUUUAAUGUUUAUUUUUGUCAAUUUGCUUUGCCUGUAGCAUAUAUCAGACUGUCAUAAUGAUUCGGCCGAGGCGGGUUGACAUGCCACUAGAAGGGUUUCAGUUAUUUUGCGAUCGAAACGAUCAUUUUUCUUUAUACGAUCGCGAACAAUCAUGCAUUUGUCGAGAGCCAAUAUACCCGGCUACAGAAACUGAAAACUUCGUACAAAACUCUGUACAGGGAGUGUUUACUUUUGCAAUGACGACCUGAUCAGAUUUAAAGGCAAUCACCGGAUGUAGUUAGCAGUCAGUUGACGGUAAACUUUAAACAGCGUCUGAACUUUACAUAACAAAAGACUUUAAAUCCAGGGAGUAACAAAAUUCAAUGCUUGAGAUAAAUGGUAUGAGUUGGCUUUGCAGAAGCAAAACUAAGCACGGCCUCAGUUUCUCUCGAUACACCCUUUUGUAGCUAUUAAUAUUCCAGGAAUUUUCAGCCCAAUUUUCACAGUAUCUAACGCAACAGAUAAUUACUUCAAUCGAUAACUUGCAAACCGGGCAAUGGCUUCAAAAAAGGUAAUUUAUUAUAUUCGAUGUGUUUUAUUUCUGUAGAACAAUCAACUGACACGCAAGGUGUAUGUUUCUUGUUUUUACCUGAAAAUAUUCCCUUUCCGACUAUCAUCGAGUAUAAAAAUCCACUAUAUGUCUUUCCAGACAGCAGUGGCAGAGGGAGAGAGCGUUACUUAUUCAUCAUUACAGUUCGCCGGAUAACGGAAAAAGUCUACCUUACAAGUCAGCCAUUGUAAUUAUGCAUUCAUCACAAGACUGCACCAGUUCCUUCACCUGCGGCAACCAGCUUUGUUGUUGAUUGGAUAAGAAAUUUGCACUUCUUUGCAGAACAAUAAUAUAACCUUUUUAGUUUAUGAAGACCAAUGCGACGCAACGGCCCCAUAUUGCUGUUUUGUGCCAGUAAUCAGUUUUAGGCUGUUGGAUGGAGGGGAGGUAGGAUUCCUUGCACGCAAUUGUUAAAGUUUUUUUUGCAGUGAUCAGCUUACCGAACUUGCAAUGGCUAACACUCCGGGAUUAAGAGUCUUUUGUCAAAAUUACGGUUUUGACCAAGAUUGCAUUCUUGAUAAUCUGCUCUUUCACAAUUUUUUUUUCGGCAAAAUAAAAGCAAAACGGGUCCUAGUGUAAAAGAAUUGAACAAUAUAAUUUUACUCCUUUGCGAUGACAACACUCGCUUUUUGAGUUCCUUGAGGGCUCAUUUGCGUUAAAACCUUCGACUCACAGGGCAGACAUCUGAAAGCUGCGAAAAACUGAGUACAGUGUGAAAAAUGCCUUGAAGAAUGUUCCAAAACUUUCAGUCACAAUACAAAUGACAAAAGACCAACUGAUCUGAUUCUAACAGUAAUUAAGAGAAAAUGACAUAUUUUUAACCUUAGGUGUUUUGAGAAUCAGCUCUGGCCUGUUGUUGAUUAUGAAUUAGCGAGCGAUAAAAUAAUAUUUGUUUACCUCUCGUAAUAGGCUCCGGCGUUACUAAAUAUCACAGUGCUUCAAUGGGACGAGCUAGAGAACUUUAUUUUUAAAGUUGAAUUCCGUUGAUGCCUCUAAUGAGUUUAUAAAAGUUUAACAGUGCUGAAUAGCACAGAAAAAUAAACAUGCACAAUAAAAAAAAGGAUCAGUGCAGUGAAACAAAAAACUGUAGUACCAACAACUUAAUUUUUUUUCCGUUGCUUGAGUCAAGUGGAGUGUAUUGCUUUCAUCACGAAAAUGUUAAAUUUGCUUUUUUCGAUACGCUUUAUUUACGAAACUGGCUUCUCUCUUGUUUGACGGAACUGAGUAGCAGUAUUAAUAAUGAUGAUGAUGAUGAUGAUGACGAUGAUGAUGGUGGUGGUGGUGGUGGUGGUGAACGGUGAGAGGGAAUUCAAAUUUAAUGAUAAUGGUAAUGAUGACAAUUUACUUUUAAGGGAAGUUUUUAACCUUCAGUAGUUCUCUAUUUAGUUUUUCUCUCCGAUUUUAAUAACUGUACUUUGAAACAGCAACAAUUGCAAUUACAAAAACUGAAAAGAGACAGGACUUACAUGGCUAUAAUUGGAAUAGUAUAUGGAAUAAAUAAAAUUAGAAAGAAAAAGUCACAAAUCCCAAACGAUUUUGCAAAAAAACCCACAAUGCAAAUAAAACAUACUCGCGUUCUUGAACUAAAUGAUGAAGAAGAGAUAUUUUUGGCUUCUCCUUUAACCCCGAGAAGAGAGAUUGGUUAGUCUGUUCAAUUAGUAGCUUAUAGUAUUUUCUUGUUUUCUAGUUUCGGCUUAUUUCCUAUUUUCUAAAUUUCCAUCAGCUGGAAGUUUCAUUGCCGUCUCGUGGAAGGAAAAUCAUGAUACAUGUACUGAUAGGUCUUAACACAUUGUAUUCAAACGCCAAAGAGACUGUAGGUCAUGAGUCAGCGGUCGAUCUGCUCUUUUCCAAAGAAGACUUACUUAACCAUCCUAAAACUUUUCAUACCCAGUGCAACAGUUUUUAUAAUAGUAUAUAUAGAGUAGAAGUGACAAUAUUUCUUACAAUGAACAAUAAAGGACUGAAAAAUGUAAGGAAAACCGAGGAUGCAUGCACAGCUUGAUAUUAAAGUUUAUGGUUAUCUCGUAGACGCAAACUAAAUUAUCCAUCCUUUGAUAUUCUUUAACCUUGGCAAACAUAAAGGAUCGUUUGUCUAUACUUAUGGUGUUACUUUUGACAGGGUUUAAUCAAACUUGAAUAGGAAUUAAUCCGUCGCCAUAGAAAUGUGCAUCGAGUCGCGUUCCUUGCAGAUUUAAUUAUGCUAGUAGUGAUUUGUACUCUUGUUUUGAGACAGUUUUUGGUUUGUCGCGAAAGCAAAGGCUCGGAAAAAUCGUCUUCGAUUAUUUUUUAGGGUAAGUUUUAAAAAUUCUCUUGAAAUCGUUUUCAUUUUUAGGAUGAUAACUGGAAACUCUGAAUCAAUUGUUCAAGGGCUUGAUUGAAUAUAGCGAGUAGUUAAACCGGAUUAUGCUAAUUUCACUUAUACAUUUUCAACCUUGCAUCAGAGGUAGUUUUGGGAUGGUUCGUUGUUAUUUCUGCUCGAUGAAGAUUGCAAGAAUUUACCGUAGAUCAGUUUCUUCCGAAAUUUUAUCUUGGUCUCCUAAUCGACUCCUCUCUUGACUAGGACUAUAUUUCAGACAGCUGCACCAGCGUUGCCUUAUAAAGCUUUCUAUUCUUAAGAAUAAUUCAGUUGAAAAUCUAGUGAUAUCUGUCGGCUUUUCAUUUUUUUGAGGGAAGAUUUCUGACGUAGUUUCUUGCCUACCUUUCAAGGCGCCCCGUUGACAAGAGUAAAGUAACGCUGAUUUGGCAACAUUCUAAAGUGGUUGUAUAGAAAAAAAGACAACCGUUUUUGUUUAUGUGGGGCUUAUUUGUCCAAAUCCCAACCUGGAUAUUCUUUUCUCGAAGAAUGUCCAGGUUGUGUAUUCUUUCAUAUGGCUGUUUUUGGACCUUAGGCCGAGGUGUAUCAAUAUGGGCGUCCAGGAGGCUUCUGCGGUCUCUACAUUAAGCUUCUCUAAAAUAACCCACAUCUGUACUCGAGCUCCGCUUUUAAACGUGCAAAAUAACAACAUAUAAAAGUUCCUUGGACAUUGAUUAGGCGAAGAAAAUCAUACAUGGCUAAUAUGAUGCGAUGAGCGAUUUUUUUUUUCGAGUGAGCAAAAUAAUUCAAGAUAGGUUCACUUUUGAAGACGAUCGCCACAGGUCAUAUUGAUUAGCAAUUGCCAUUGAAUGGGCAUGGUUUUCAGUACUAAAAUAACCUUAGGCACUUUGAAACUUGUACAUAUUUCGCGUUCAGUUCGUUCUUGAUUGUUCAUUACAGAAGCGGCGCAUUAAAAUUUGCUUUCAAGCAAUUUGCGGCUUUUAAAUGCCCUUUUGUAAAGAAACAAUAGAUUAGGCUGUAUCCCAAUUAAUUUAUUAAUUACUUGGAUGAACUAACAACGAUAAUUCAUUAGUUAAUGAUUCAGAUGAUUGCAGUGAUAGGAAAAAAUCUUGAAGAGGCUUAGAUUUAAUCCUUCGUGGCAUCUUGUACAGGCGUGUCGAAGUUCUUUAACUUUUCUUGCUUAAAUCCUCUUGAUACAAAACGUGCUUGCGAAAACUAGUAUACGCUUCCUACACGCAUUUAGACGUUAAUUACUCGUUUUGGAGAUUAAGGAAUGCAGCGUCCAUCGAUUCUAGUGUUGACAAGCUCAAAGAAACGCAAAUUGGGACAGCCAAGGCCUUUCCAAAUAAUUUCAUCUCGUCUUCAACCCAUUUUUUGGCGAAAUCGCUGUCUCCAAAAUGAUACCUUUGUAUAGGGCUUUUGAUUCCAUGAUAUGUACUAUUGUUUCCAAUGGAAAACAGAAUUCCGAGUUGAUCUUAUCCACAAUAGAGUUUCUGUAAUAUUUACACUUUAGCGCGCUUUCCUUUCACUAGGUGGCGCGAAACAAUCACCUAUCCCACCUCAGCAUAGCGUCGCCAUAGCAACUGCCACUGGCCGAGAGCGUGGCGUCGCUUCAGAAGGACUAGACCCAGUGCAUGAGACACUUUAGUUUACGUUAGCUUCAGCCAGUGAGGAAAGCGAAAGAUUAGCGGCAAGACUUAGAAAGAUUACAACGCUUUGGGUUGGCUUUUAGCUAGAGCUUUGAGGCUUUUCAAUUCACCUCGAUUCUAGCUCGUCACGUUGGGAUUUGGUUGCGUUUCGAGGAGUCCUACUCGUCGAAGCGCGAAAUUUCGGCCGGUGGUCUUUGAAAAUUGACUCCAGCCUGUGAGUAAUCGUAGAUGUGUGAGCAUGAGCUAUCACGACGGAAGAAGUUCAAUUUUAGGUGGUUCGCCCGAGCCCGGUCUUAGCUCUGUCAUUAAGGUAAAUCGUAGAUCUAACUACAAUUUUAGAUAGAACGAAGAAAGGCUAAUUUUCUUAUUUAGUUCUGGAACGUGUCCGACUCGAUCUCUCGUUCGAUGUAGUGAUCCCAACUGCUCCGUAAACUGUUGCUAUGACCGUUAUCAUAGUGUGAAUUUGAUCAAAAUUUUUGACAGCUUUGGCUUUCUUUCCACAGAGAUUAGAGGACCAGCAUUUGAACGGCGAUCCCGGAGCGAAAAGCCCAACUGUUCCCACAAAGAUUCGCGACAUUGUCACAAAAUCAAUUUCCCCUGUCGAUUCCAAGAUGGCUUCCCCGGGAUUUGGUGAUGAAUCGCGAAUGUUACAAUCGGAGGUCAGCCGACUUGAAGAUUUACUCGCAGCUACAAGAGCAGAGAGGGAUGAAAUUGGCUCUAAAUACAUGGCCGUUAGUGAUAAGGUAAGGAAGACCAGUUAACUGUGAUAUUUACUUAUUUAUAAGGUCCAAUAGUUGCAAGGUCAUUUGUAAAUUUCAACAACAAACUCAGCCUCCCGUUACAAAUUCCCGGGACUGAUAAUGUGAAAUUACGUAUAAAAUUUAAUCCAAUGUGCCUAAAGAGGGUGAUUCUUGCAAUUGAUAAUUAUUUCUCAGCCCUUUAGAUUCCGGUUUGCAAAAAGGUUCCGUGUAAAGCUCUCAAAGGUUUUUGUUGAGACGUUGAAUUUUGUAACUUGAGAAAUAAGCGAAAGCUUCAAUCAAUUUAUGAAAUUGGUCAUGCUGCUUUGCGAGAGGUUAAAACCCACCCCCUUCCGCGACAGCCCUUUAAAUUUUCAAUAACUUGUAAGUUUAGAAUUGAACACUUUCCAGGGACGCUCAAAUCUUGAAUAUUUUAGUAUGUUUACAUUGGCUUCCUUUGUUGACAUGUCAGGGAAAAGUCAAUAACCAUUCUAUCCUUGUCAAAAUCAGCAUCGAUAAAUUUGUUUUUCACUAAAUUCGAGGAAAAUGAUGAAAUCAGGAAGGCAAUGCUAUUGUUAUAGAGCUAUAUUGUUGCAUGGCAAUGCAAAUGGAUGGUUAUAAUGUAUAAUUCAUAUACUCUGUUGUCAGCAGGUUUUCUUGACUUAUUUGCAAGCACUUCCCAGCUUUUAAUUCAUUUGUAAUAUUAGGUUUCCCUUAUUCAAACCAAAUAUUAUUUUAGUCUUUUUUCAUUAUUUUCCUUUUCACGAAAUUGAGCGCAGAAUUUUUGCAACCCCAUUUAGCUGAUAACAAGUUUUUUUCACUUAUUUUAUAAUACACGAAAAUGUGAGGGACACAGUUCUUGAUAGCAUUUUGGGGAUUUUUGAAGGCUAAAUCUUCCUUUUUGUGACUAAAGUAAUAGCAUCCAAGAUGAGAUACCUUAAUAGUGUAGGUUGUUUUUGCUAAAAGUUAUAUCAGCUUUGGUGAAAAAGCAAUUUUCCAGCAAUAAAUUAUGCAUGGAGUUUAAUUUGUAUUCUUUGUGGUGGUAGAUAUGAUUAUGGUAACUUGUUAAUAAGGUGACAUGAAAAUCUCAUUGUUGUUUUAUAGUAUAGUAGCUCAGGAACUGCAAUUAGUCUUCGUUGCAUUUCCAGUUUAAUAACUACCAGUAUAUUGUGAUGACUUAGAUUGGGCUGUGUAUAAGCUGAAGUGAUUUAUCAACAACAGACAUUGUAUUUAUUUGUCUUGAAAUCAUUGAAAGUGGCAUUCACAUGGAAAUAUCCAGCUUUAAACAAUAUUGCAUCGUGAAAGUAAGGCAAAUGAGGCUCUUGAGUUAUGAAUAAAGGAUAUUUCAGUUGUUAGCGCAAGUAUUAAAAAAGGGCCAUAUUACAAACUCUCUCUGCCUUUUUGCAAAAAAACAGCUCAGUAUGUUAAAAAAGGUCCAUACUCUCUGGUCUCAUUUUCAAGGGGGUCAUAUUUAAGUCAGGUGAUAUUUUGGUAGGCAUUUCUAUGACUAUUUUUAGACAAAAAAUAUUGCAUUAACAAAACAAUAGGUCUUGGUACCUGCACCAUAAUUAACACAUAAAUUUUAAUCAUUAAGAUGCAGUUAGAUAUUAAAGUUAGGCUAGUGUUGAACACUUUCUAGGCCAGAGUCAGAAGUGGCUAUUUUGAGGUUGCACAGGAAACUGAAUUUAAAUUGGCUGUCCAAAACAGUCCUACCAUGCAAUUCAUAGCAACUUUGACCCAGCUACCUUUUACACUGUACCUGAUUGGUUUUAUUGAUUCUAAUUAUUAUUAUUACACAACAAAAAAAAUCCAGAAACAUACAUUUAUUUGGUGUUCAUGAUGAAACUUAUCAGCCAAGGUAAUGGGACAUCAAGGAAGGAGGUGCAAGUGAGGCUGAAACUGGUGCAAUGCGUAACCUUGACAACCCUGAGAGUGACAUCCACUCAGGUGCCAUCACACUGCUAACCCGUAGAACUUAACAUUACUUACCACAUACAUACCAGGAGGGGGAAGGUUUGGGAGCAACAAAACACUUUUAAAGCACAAGCCACAACAGCAAGGACACAAAAAUGCAAUGGCCUAACCUCAAGUGAAAGGCUGUAAAAACACUUAAACCCCUACAAAGCAAUUAGGACACCCUUUAUAUCUCUACCUGAGACAUCUCAAGUUUAACUCUACUUAAAUUAAUUUAGUCACAUUUAAACUAAACAGUCAACUGUUGUGUGUUGUUCUUUCAGUUGGAGCAUUACAUCAAAGGUGGAACAAGCCCAACCAGUGGAGGGUACACAAGUGGCUUUGGAGCUGGUGACCAAUCAGUGGAUGGUAACGUUGUCCAACAGGUUGCUUACCUCAAGAACAAGCUUGAGGAAGAACAUACAAACUACAAGCGCAAGCUUCAGGCAUACCAGGAUGGUCAACAGAGACAAGCACAGUUAAUUCAAAAGCUGCAACAGAAGGUUUUGCAGUACAAACGCAAGUGCGGAGAGUUAGAAAAUUCUGUGAAUGAGUCAAAAAGCUCUGAGGAGGAUGCAAAGAAAAAGGUGUGAUACUAUCGUAGGGAAUUCUGUGUUAGAGGUGGCUUGAACCUUUUUAAGAGGGGACUUUUACCACAUUACCAUACAGCUUUUAGUGGAUAUUAAUAUAGAAGCUUUUCUGUGUUAGUACAUUAAUUUUAAUGUAGGUUCAGUAGAUGUACAUGUACCUGUACACGUUGGGCAUUUCUGUAUUUGAGCUACUGAGUAGGUGUACAUGUAAAUGACCAGACCAAAUAAAUCCAGGGAGUUUUUUUCAUAGUCAACAUGAAGAGUGAGUUGAAUGGGAUCAUUGUCAAUGUUGUGAUCAUCCACAUUCAGUGCUCAUCUCCUGCUGUCUGCUACUCUAAUAGUCACUCUCUAUUCCUAACCCUGUCCCCUUCCCUCUUAGGUUUCCCUUUGUUGCUUUACUCCUGUUCUCCCUUGACCUGAGGAAAAUUGAAGGGAGCCUAGUCCUUAGGCUCGAUUUCCGCCGUCUCCCGGGUCUGGUCUUUGAUCCUCCCCGAAGAUAGACGGCUGGACGCGUGACCCAUUGACCUUGUCUGUGAUGUAAUUGGAAAAUUGAUAAUUCAGGCGUCUCCGAUAUCACUGCAAGUGAAAUUUCUUAUUUGUUUGGCUCAAAAUUGCAUCAAGCACUCCCUUGCCCGCCCAAAUGACUUUCGAAAUAGUUUUUUUUCACACAUUUCCAUACAUUGUGAAAAAUAUUCUUCGGUACAUUUCUGAACACGGCGACAUGUAGUUAAUUUUCUUUGAUCUUUGAACAUUGGUUGCGUCUUCUGUGGGUCCGAACUGACUGAGUCCUCGGAAGCAGACGAAAUUAAAUGGAAAAGUUUCUGAUUUACCAGACAGAAUUUCUGUUCUCAAAUCGCCUUGAAAAGAUGCUUGAAGACUAAAAUGCUCCAACAACAAUCGAAAAAAAAAAGUUCAAACAAACAAUCGGGAUAAUUCCCCAGUGCUUCUGUUUCGAUGUGUUAAUUUCUGCGAACCUCUGCAAAAUCUAGGGUGCUCAUUUUACAACAGUGGCUGGUAUAUGUAUUGAGCCUGCAAAAUCUACGAUGCCCAGCACAUGAUUUGUAUGAAAAAAUUAAGAUUUUCUGGUCACCCAAGAACAAACUGCACUCUGCUGGUGCACAGCCCUGGUCCUACAUGUAAUACGGUAAUUGCAUGUUCACACAGUCAAACUUGUGUACAACAGUCACCCUUGGGAAAUGGAAAGGUGACCGUUACAUACAAGGUGAUUGCUUUUAAGGCAAGGUUUUAGCCAGAAGGGUGUCCAGCCAUCCCAUGGGCACCCAUUUUUGGAAGAAAUACAAGGAAAAUUCACUUAAUCUCUCACAAUUUUAUGCGAAAACAUGCCUUCUGGGCGGCCAGUUUUCAAUGUCUGGCUAAAAAGCUGUAUACAGGGCCAUUAUAUGCAGGUAGGACUGUACCAGGCAACUUAAAAUCAUAUUCAAUUGACAGACCUGAGUUUGGGCCUGCAUGGUUACAUGAGUGUAAAUUUGUAUCCUGCUCAAGUAAUUUUAACUAAGAUGGGACUUAUGCUGUAAACAGACCACUUUUCUUUUUGUUUGUUUGUUUAUUUAAUGAGAAGAUGAAAGGAAAAAUGUAACUAAAGUGUUUGUCAUUCAGUCAGUGUUACAUCUAACUUGCACCUUGUCUUGUAGCUUGAAAGUGCAACAGUAACACUGAAAGAGCAAGAAGCCAGGCUGAAGGAAACAGAAGAUGAACAUUCUAGUGAUCUGGAGAACUCUCUGAUCAGACUUGAAGAAGAACAACAAAGGUGAACUGUCAUGAUUUAUUUAUUAUUCAUACAUGUAGGUGAUGAUGACCAAGGAGGAAAUUACAAAUAAACAGCUUAUGUAGCAGUUUUGGAUGCUGUAGUAGUUACAUGUACCAUAGUAGAACUCUGCUUACAAAAGUCCUGAGAGAAAUGUAAAAGAGUUUAACUUAAUGGGGUUUGGAGUUAGCAGGAGAAAAUGCACUGCAAUUGAGACAUAGGGAAAGUAAAAAAUUAGUAAUAAUCUGAGUUAAAAUUACCGGUGUUGUUGUGUGCCAGAUGAGUAUACUUUGGUGCUGUCUGAGUUUAUAACAAGUGUCCAGUGUUUCAUAGAUUGUAAAGCAAUAUGUAAAUUGUAUGCAGGGUUGUCAAAAGUAGCCAGCUGCUUGGUUAAAUAUCUGCUGGCUUAGUAUUGGCUGGCUACUCUGCUUGGCAUUUCUUUACAGAUGACGUUUUUUAAAUAAAAUAUCCCUGGAGUGGCCGCUUACUUUGACAACUCAGCCAUCUACUUCAAACCUAUCUGACAACCCUUUGUAUGUACAUGACUUGUUUCUCUGUUGCGUCAACAGAAGUGCGAGCCUUCAACAUGUCAACAAUAUGCUUCGAGAACAGUUAGAACAAGCAACAUCAGCCAAUCAACAGCUAACUCUUGAUAUCCAAAAACUGACAGCUGAUUGGAACAAAGCAAGAGAAGAGCUUGAUGCCCGAGAUGAGGAGGAGCAGGCGUACUUUUCUAAUGAGCAUGUGCGACUGAUGGACAUGUGGAAGGCAAUGAACAACUUCAGGCGUCAAUUCAAUGAGAUGAAAUCUGCGACACAGAGGUGUGCCUUUUAGUAUUAGAAUAAAUAACUCAUUUGAAUGUCAUCAUCAUAAUAAUUACAAUAACAUCGAUGAUGUCAUCAGCUCUCUUGUUCUAUCCCCUUGGCCUUCACACUUGAUAACCAUUUAUUUAGUCUGCUUCAAUAGUAAAUUGACCCCCGAAUCUGCAAGCUAGCCCCAAAUUUAAAACUGUGCUUCCAAAAUGUGCAUUUUGCAAUUAAAGCACAGUAGUGGAUGAGUUCUUCCUCUAUACCUGAGCUGUUUUGACAGCACUUAUGCCACUCCUUAAUUCUUUGAACUUAUAAGAUACAUGUAUUUUAUUCAUGUUAUCAUUGACACAUAAAAUAUUGUCUUAGUAUAUUUUUUAUUUUAAUACUGUUUGUAAAGGACUAAGUGGUAUUCCAUGUCUUUAGGGACCUGUCUAGUGUAAGAGCAGAGGUUACCAAGUCUGUCCGUGUUGUGCAAGGUGCAUGCAUGGACUUGGACAAAAACCUUCGAGGCAUGGAUGCAAAUACCCAGAGUGCACUGGAAGAUGAGAGGGCUCGACGUCAGAAGGUAACUCUACAGAAGCUUUUGAUUUUCCCAUUUUUUUAUUGGCUAGGCUUAUUACUUCUGACUUGCAGUGGUAUUUUCUGGUUAUUCACAAUUCGCUCUUCUCCUAUGAUACUCCUUGUUUGCCCCCAAAUUUUGUACAACUUAAAUUAGGUAUUCUUAUUUCUUAUAUUGUCUCCUCUCUUAUAGACUGAAGAGCAAUUGCGUGAAAAAGUUCAGGAGUUCAUUGAGCUUCAAAACAAAUUUGACCUCGAAAAAGCUGAUUUAAUGGUCAAGUAAGUGAAACGUCAACUAAAGAGCAGUCUAGUUCAGUGUCGGUAAUUCAAACCAGAGUUAUUUCUCCCGCCAAUCGCUAAAACAGAUAAUCAAAUAAGCCAAUCACUUUUCGAAGAGAAAUUCUUAUAAAACGCGUGUGACGAAGUCAUGAAUGGUUUUGGUUCCCCCAAUCAGGACACAUGCUGAUAUUCAGAUAAGCCAAUCAAUUUUCAAAGAAAAAUUCCUGUUGCUGGCGCCCAGUGCAGGAAAACGCGUGUAACAACUAUGAUUGGUAUUGCCAGUUUAACACAAGCUGAUAUUAAAAUGAGCCAAUAUUACAUCUCCGAGAAACUUUGUGUCAAUUAAAAGGGAUUCGUAACGAAAUUUAUCAAAAUUCACACAUUAGGAAUUGUAAAAAAGUCAUGAUUGGUUUUGCCAGUUUGACACAUUAGAUGAUAUUGGAAUGAGCCAAUAUUACAUCUCAAGAACUUGGUGUCAAUUAAGAGGGAUUUGUAACGAAAUUUAACAAAAUUCAGACAUUAGGAAGUGUAACAAAGUCAUGAUUGGUUUUGCCAGUUUGACACAUUAGCUGAUAUUGGAAUGAGCCAAUAUUACAUCUCAAGAACUUGGUGUCAAUUAAAAGGGAUUUGUAACGAAAUUUAUCAAAAUUCAGACAUUAGGAAGUGCCACAGUCGAUUGAGUGGAACAUAAAAAAACGCUUAAAACCUUUAAAAAAAGGCAUAAAUAACGCAUCGAUUAUAAUGGAAGGUACGAAAGGUCACACUUGAAGACUAUUAUAACAGAUUACACUGUCUUUGUGAGGACGUCACUUUUAUCCUAACAGUUUUUCGAAGUUCAUUUUUUGUUUUUUGUAACGUUUGUUAAAAUGCUUGGGAGACCUGUUUGUUUGAGGCGAAGUUGUGAUACUAACUCCGUUGUAACGAAAAACUUAUUAACGUACUAUCUUUGGUAAACAGAGUCAAGGAUUUGACAAAUGAAAGGGAAAAGCUACAGGCCCAAUUAGUCGCCACGGAGGAGACUAUUGCUAGUUUACAAAAGAAGAUUCAUGGCUUGGUGAGUGUUUUGCCUUUCAUCUUGGUGUCAGUUAAAUCUCGACUAAGGUCCGAAAUAAUGUUAUUGUUUUGCGAACGCAAAGGAUGAGCAGAGACUAAAUCAAGUCAAUCAAAGCAUGCGCAUAUAGAGAAAGAAAGCGUGCUUUCUUUAAGUCAUGAAACGCAUGUUUUUAGAAGACCUAAAGGUCUUCUACGCAACCUGUGUUUGCGCCAGUACCUGUAAAAAAGUACAUGUAUUCGGUUAGCAUUUCUUUGUAAAAAGCACAGCAUGCGUUUAUCUCAGUGCUUUUGUUACCUUUGAUCACAUCUCUGAUCACAAAUCCUAAGUUUUUAAAACAAUAACAGCCGAUUUGUUGUGAAUAGGCAAAAUGCCUUGGGCCCUUUGAAAAACUGAGCUCUGUAAGUCCACGUCGCGAGUGACAAUAGCAAUCUCAGCCAUAACAGCAACAUUUUCCUCAUGUUUCAACUUUAGGAAAGUGGUUUUGCAAGACAGUCUGAAGAGUGGGAAAACCAAAGCGAGGCUAGCCUCGCUGCCAUGAGGGAAGAAGCAGAAAUCCUUCAAAGCACUCUGCGCGAAAUCACCCACGCCGUGAAACAGGACGCCGAUACCACGUCCAGGCUGCUUGGGUCCCCAGGUGGUGACAUCGAGGUUGUAGAUGCUGGAUUGCUUGAUUCAGCCGAGGAUGAUUUCUUGAGUAAGAGACCUAUUUCACCAUCCCGCGCGGCUCGCCUGCGGUCUUCAUCACCCACUCGUUCCAGAUCUCCUGCUCACUCUGACAACGCCCUGGCAACUGUUCAUUCAGCCAUUCAGAAGAAAAACAUGCAAGUUAUGGUAAGUCGAUAUUGCAAGUGUAGUUUGCGUGACAGGCGUUCGAAUUCUGGCGUGUGAGGACGCAAAGAUUUUAGCGUAUCAGAAACCGAUAAAUUUUUUGAACUGAAUUGAUAAAGUUUUGUAAGGUGACUCUUACUUUUGAGUCUGUGGACGAAAUCCUAUGAUGUGACCAUUCAAAUCAAAGCUCUCUUCCUGUACUUUCACACGAUGCUAAUUGUUUCUCAAAAUUUUAGAAAAUGAAAUUUGGUCGAAAUUUUCCUUUGGCCACAUUUGGCAGUGAAAGGGUUAACAAAAAAAAGCGUCAAAACAUUUUUCUGCUUUCCUUAUUUUAAACGUAGGAAAUGAAGAGCAAGGUGGAGGCUGCUCGAGAUUCAGAAAAGAAAACCAAGAAACAACUUGAUGACACAGAAAAUGAACGAAGAAGACUUGAAAAGGCACUCUCCAGUGCCCGCGAUGAACUGGACUCCACGUACGUGUAUACAGUAGGGAUUAUUAUACGUUUCUGGAAAACUGCCAAACUACCCCUCCCCUAAGCCAAUUCUAAGUGAGAAGUAAGUGUUAAUGUUGGCUUAGGGGAGGGGUAGUGGGGGAAGGUUUCCCACCACACAUAGUUACAGGUGAAGGGUGAAAUUUGUAUUGUCUGCCAAGGUUCUGCUGGCCAAAUCUGCGUUUUUAAUGCUCUUAGAGCCCAUUUUACCAGAAAGCUAAGUUAAAGCUGGUUAACUUGCGACUGCUGCUCUCUUUACGUACACCUCUAGAAGACGAGCUUCUAGAGUUAGUCCCUUCCUUUCUUUACUCAAUCCCUUCAUUUGACUCCAUAAGACUAAAAAUUUUGGGAAGUUGUCCAGUGACUGCUAUAUAGAGAUUUGACUGUAUUGUGGUCUUGGAGUAAAGGGGUCAACUGGAUUGCCAUUUUUCUUUGUUUUAGCCGUCAGAAAGUGUCCGAGGUGAAUCAAGAUCGUGAGCGAUUCAAGGCGCAUUCAGAUGUGCUCGGCACUGAGAAGCAGAAUCUAGAAAAGCAGCGUCAGUCGAUGGGCGAACAGAUUGAAGGUAUGGGAGCAGAGCUUGAAAGGCUGCAAGCCGCAAACACCGAGCUUCAGCGCCAGCGAGAUAACCUGGAAGACGAUAAAGACGAUCUAGGACGUGAGAGAGAGCGAUUGGGCAAAGAAGUAAUGCGGGCCAAUCAAGUGAUUGAACAGCUUGAAACGAAGCAGUCGUCUCUUAAGGAAGAGAUUGUCACGCUGAAGGAACAGUUGUCACGCGCCUUGUUGGACAAGGAGGUACUAGACCAAGAGAAGGCGCAUGUUAGCGAGACGCUGUCGAAGUCAGAGCUGCAGAAGGCGGAACUAGAACUGGAGAUUAACAAGAUGAAGUCAGAAGAAAUUGCGCUGCGUGACGCGUUGGUGAAGUUACAGUCGCUGAACGAAGGGCUUGGGCAGGACAAGAUUGAGUUGAACAAGAUUAUUAAGCAGAUGGAGAUGGAUAAGUCGGCCCUCAGCCAGGAUAAGCGAGAGCUGGAAAACGAAAAGAACAGCAUUAGACAGGAACUCAUCCGCGUUGAGCAAGAAAAGGUGGGUGAAUAAACAAAUUUUACGAAGUUUAAUAUAGUUGACUGGUCGACUGGCGAAGAAAGGAAGGAAACUUAACUACGUUGGCCAGCUUGUAGAAGGGAAAAAUGGACUGGGGUUAGUUUUAUAACUCUAGCCAUUGUUUAAUAGGCAGAUAGCAUUAGUCAAUUCUAUCCCAAGUUACUUCAAAUCAUUAAUAGCAUCCCAUCAUCAUCAAUAGCAUCCCCUUAAUUCUUUAUACGUGUAACGUGCCAUCCCAUCAUCACUUUGUGAGAAUUUAAUAUAAUUGCGCGACCCUUAUAUUCUGUUUGCGUAGAUUUCUUACUUGUUUACUUAUUCUCAAUUCAUUUCUUCUUUCACAUAGGUUGACUUAGACACAGAGAAAUCAACUCUCGAUCAAAACCUUAGCCUACACGAAGCAAGCAGAGAAAAACUCGAACAAGAGGUCAUCUCGUCCAACCGAGAAAAAGCCGAACUCAGCGAGGCUCUUAAUCAAGUUAGCAGAGAAAGGGAUUCCAUCUACGAUGAGUUGAUGACAACCCGCCGUGAUGUGGAAAGACAGAGUUCGAACGUAGUGCGUUUGGCGAAAGAGAAGGAGGAACUGACGCGAGAGAAAUCCAGCUUGCUGGUGCAGGUCAACUCCAGCGAGCGAGAAAACCGUGGCUUAGCCGAGAAUAUUGCGAGCUUGAAGAGCGAGAAGGAGUCGCUGGAGACAGCUUUGUACGACCUUCAGCAAACCGCUACUAAGCUUGAAGCGCGCAAAGAGGCACUUGAAGCCGAAAAUCAAGAACUUCUGCUCGCCAAGGAAGCGCUGACUGUCGACCUACAGCGCGUGCGCAAAGAGAAGGAGAUUGAAGAGGCGAAGUUGUCGAAAGACAAAGAGCUGGUCGAGCAGAGACUGGGCCAGACACAGCGUGAUGGCGAGGUUGCUUUGAAGAGAAUGGAGCAAAAACAUGAAGAAGAGACGGAGAAGUUGAAGCGAGAGAAGGAGAGCACUCUUUUGCAAGCCAAUCAGGAAAAAGAGGAAGCCAUUUCAAUGCUCAAGAAUGAGAAGGAAGAGUUAGGACAAAGGUAGUUUUGAAAGUGUUUUUGUGUUUCUUCCUUUACUCAAUACUGCUUUUUUUUCACUUUAAUUUCCCUAAUUAUGCUUGUUUAAGAGGUUAGCACAGAAGACCUGAAUACUAAUCUCUCAUCGCUUUCUACUUCCAAACCUUCUCUACAUUAUUUUACUCAAACAAACCCAAAUAACUAGAUGGUCGACCACCAAUUCCUAUCCAGGGGCCCGUUUCUCGAAAGCCCGAUAAUUAACAGGAUCGGAAAGGUGAUGUUGUUUAUAUUCAAAGUCUAGGUUUAAACAGUUUUGCAGGUGAUACAACGAGACUAUCAGUUGUUGAAACAAAAUGGACUACUUUGUUGGCUUGGACCCUCGCUUUUAUUCUAUUGAUUGUUAUUGAUUUCGAGCCCAAACGGUUACCGGGACUUUCGAGAAACGGGCCACAGACCCAAACUGGGCUCUCUUUGUGCAAGUGAGAACGAUGUUGUAUUGUGUAAAGAAAGUUAGAGAAAAGUAGGAUUAGAAAGAAGACCCCCCUCGAUUAGCUCUGACUGCGUGACAGGUUAUUUGAUUGCGUGACGUUUACUGUUUCAGACUCGAGCGAGAGAAAGCCAUACUUGUGAACGAGGUUGCCUUGGUUCAAAAGGAACGUGACGAUCAGUUGUUAAUGGCUGAGAAUGAGAAGCAAGAGGCCCUUCAUCUGGCAGCCAAUGAGAAAGGCACGCUCCUGGACAAACUGAACAAGGCACAUGGCGAGGUGGAAAACGCACAUGUGGAAAUCGACAGGAUUAAACGUGACGCUUUCAGCCGCGCUGAGCAAGACAAGGUACUCGCAGGGUUCCCUCACCAAGCCUAAGUGGCACACUCUAAUGGGUGACCAACGUCAAUUUUCCCUCAACAGUAUCAAUACCGUACAUAUUUAAGAGAAGAGGUUAUGAGAAUUAAAGAAAAGAUCACCCAAGGGAAAAUAUGUUAGCAAAAAGGUUUUUCCUCUGCUCUGGCGGAGACAUUUAGUACAGAAAAUUCUAAAAGUCAAAGCGAAAAAUUAAUACGAAACGAAUAUUUCGUCCGAAUCAGCGUUGUGAGGUGACAGGUUUUUGGAAUUUUUUGCACUAAAAGAGAAAAUACUUUGAUCUCUAAACAGAAGCUCCCAACUAAACUUUUAAGGAAAUGAAUGAAAUCAGUUCGGAGAAUUUGUGUGUGGAAAUUGGGGCUUAAAGUUGUUAAUAAUCAGCUUUGGUAAACACUAUCGCACAUCCUCUUCGGCGUGAGCUAAACCCCCUUUUGUAGCAAUGGCGCUGAAACAUCCCGGAACGCUACUUCAGCGCCAUGCUAUUGUCUUUCGUUUCUCUUUUCUACACCUUUGGUUCAUUUUUCCCAAGCCUUGUCAAAACUCUUCCUCGUUGAAUUAAACAAACCAAAAGCUAUCUUUCGACUAUUUUGCCAGGUAAGACCUUUCUAAUUAUCCUUCUUGAUAUUUUCUUGUAGGGCGCUAUCGCUCAAACCCAAAACGAACUAAGGAAUACAAGGAGCAAACUUGAAGAUGUCAAGUAAGUAGACUAGCUUUCAUACAAACACCUUCCUCCUUCAGACGCGGCGUGUUCAGCUCAGAGGGAUUGACUGCAGUGGGGGAGGUCGCGGGUUCAAUGCCCGAUACCCAGAUCAAUGCUCAUGCUGUCUUUGCCCUGUAUUCAGCUAGACCUUCGCGUGGUUCAGAUGAUCACUUGAAACGGCGUCUCCACUAGUAUACUUAGAAAUAAGUGUCCUCAAUAAUUAAUUGUGUACCAAAUACAUUGACACCCAAAGGGCUGUUUUCCCCUUUCCCCCCCUCCCCCUGUUCUCCUGUAAUUUAUCACUGCCCUCCCCCAGGGAAUGAACUUAGACAAUUGCCAAUUAGCCUGCGCUCUGGCGGGAGAAGGGGUGGGAAAAGGGAAGAUCCCUUUCCCGCCCAGCCACCAGAGCGCCCCGGAGAGCUUGCUCGCAGGCUAAUUGCCAAUAUGCACAUUUUAAAGCGUUGGUUUUAGUCCCAGAAACCCUAUAGUGACAACAAUUAAAUGACGUUCUAUUCUCUCUUGUUAGCAAACGCUAUCAGGCAGAAGUGGCGGAAUUGAAGAACCAUAUUAAAGACUUGGAGCGUAUCAAAGAAAAUACUCUGAGGGAAGUCAGCGAGCUUAAACUUCAACUCAAGAUGGCCGAAGAAGCUCGCGAUGGAGUCCGUCGUGAGCUUAUCGACGCUCAUCGGAAAAUCCGAGAGGGCGAAGAAGCUCGAGAAGUCGCUCGUAAAGAGAAUACUGAUCUCAAGAGACAACUGAAGGACGAAGAGCGUGAGAAACAAGCGGUACAAGAAACUGCCAAUGAGUUGAGAGGAAAGGUGAAGAAAUGCGAAGCAGAGAAGACGAAUUUAAGAAGGACUCUAGACGAGGCUGGCCAGAAGAUCACUUCUCUCGAGGAGACUAAGGCCGCGCUGCAGAAGGAGGCUGGGGAACUGAGAGCGAGUUUGAGAGAGGUGGAAAAGGCGAGGUUAGAGGCGAGACGAGAGCUUCAACAGCUUCAUAAUCAGGUGAGUGAAUGUGCGCGGUGCCUUUGCAAAAAAAUUAAGCAUUAAAAAUAAAAUAGAUAAAUAACUCUCGAAGUAAAUAGUACUUGUAAAAGUACUGCUGAAGAGGUUCUUUUUGAAUGAUAACAUCAUAGGAUUUCAUCCACAGAGUCAAAAGUCAGAACUACAUACUAAAUAAAUAGUACCAUGUGAAAGUACUACUGGAGAGGUUUCAAUUGAAUGGUAACACCAUAGGAUUUCAUCCACAGUCUCAAAAGUUAGAACUACAUGCUAAAUAAAUAGUACCAUGUGAAAGUACUGCUGAAGAGGUUUCAUUUGAAUGGUAACACCAUAGGAUUUCAUCCACAGACUCAAAAGUUAGAACUACAUACUAAAUAAAUAGUACCAUGUGAAAGUACUGCUGAAGAGGUUUCAUUUGAAUGGUAACACCAUACGAUUUCAUCCACAGACUCAAAAGUUAGAACUACAUACUAAAUAAGUAGUACCAUCUGAAAGUACUGCUGAAGAGGUUUUAUUCACAGAUUCCAAAGUGAUUACUCACGAUAUCUCUCACAUGAAGAGCUUCCUUGCAGGCUACAGAUUGGGAAGACUCUACACGAUUUUCGACAUUUACAAUCACUCUUUCGAAAAUUACAUGCUUAACCUCUUGAAUUCUUGCGCCUUUCUAUUAGGUUAAGAUGCUGGAUGGCGAGUGUCUAAAGAGCAAGAAAGAAGUGUCUGAUCUUAAAGAUCAACUUGCGAAGGACGAGCACCUCAUUGAUGAACUCCGUCAGGAUAAUUACAACAUGAAACAGAAACUCGUCGAGUCCGAAGGCCAGAAAGAAGGCGCCAAACGUGAAAUCCAGAACCUCACGCGAAAGCUCACGGAAACGGAGGAAGACAACCGCGUGAGGGAAAAAGAUUUUAACGCCGCCUUGGAUGAGGCACACCGCGCGGAACAGAAAUCCGCAGACAAGGUUAGGAAAAAAUGUUCAACUAGAGCCUGAUCUCAGGUUAGUUCAAUAUACGCUUUCUUUCAGGUGUUGAGCGGCUUAAUUAUAUUUUUAUACGUAAGCAACUAGCGGAGGCCCAGUGGUGAGUACUUUAUACUCCGUAUCAAGACGUCCGCGAUUAGGCCCUGCUGAGAUCAUUGUCUUGUGCCGAACGGAACUUUUUUUCGAGCCCUCGGAAAAUAUCAAUCCUCUGAAAAAACUUGUCGCGAAUCAUUUUUUUUCAUGAUCGAACCCUCACCUGCUUUGUAUGCGCUUUUUGUAGGUGAAAAAUUUAGAGAAUCUGCUUGAGAACGCAAGUCAAGACAACAGCGACUUGAAACUGAAGCUGUCCGGAUCAGAAGGACGAAUCACUGGUCUAGAGGCGCAGUUAGCACGUAUGGAAGGAUCAAAGAAUGACUUGGAGUUUAAGUUAGCCAGUCUACAUUCAACUUUGAGGAGGACUCUUGGUAUUAAACCACCUGGUGAAUUGAGCGGCAGGUACAACGAUAAGAUUUACGAAAUUACAAUCAGAGCUGCAAAUAACAGUCGACGUCCGACACUUUCCGACGAAGUGAUGUCGGGACAAAGUUAGCCUGAUCACAGACGUUUUUCUUUCUUUUUCCUUUCGACGGUGCGCGAAGAGGGCGUGAGCGAAAGAAAGAGAAAAAGCGGAAGUAAAAUAAAAAGAAAGAAAAACGUCUGUGAAGAGGCUAACGUUUAGCGUCCAUUUCCUCCUUUCCCCACCGCCACCCCCUUCGCGCUUGCGGUCAAUAAUUCCCCCGCGGUUUUUACUUUCAUACGCGCGCUCGACGAACUCGGGUCUGCGACGGACAUUUGCUUUUUCUAGAACGUAAAAAUUUUUAUCCAAGAAAAAAAUUCCCAUGCAAUUUUCCAUGAAUUUACAUUCCUCCUUAAUCAUGUUUCUUACUCAUUUUUUUUGUAACUUUCAGAACUCCAUCUCCUACUCGUGCUCGUAGCCCGAGCCCUCGUCGCCGUAUGUUCGGAAGGAGUCGGUCGCGCUCGCCAGAAAAGACCAUGGAUGAAACCGUAGAUUCAGGUGACCGCUCCCUCUCUCCUAGCAAAAAGAUGUCGCCAAUCAAAUCGAUGGAAAUGUCUGGGGAGAUCGAUCCCGAGACUGUGCGCUCUGCUCUGCGAGAUUUUGCCCAGAGUAUGAAAGAAGCUGAGCGGGAACGAGACGAGGCGAUGUCGAAAGCGAAUAACCUACAGCGAGCUGUUGCAGCCAUGGAAGAGGAGAAGGGACACACUGAACAACGAUUGCUGGCUCUGCAGAAGUCACUGGGCGAAGCGGAGGAAGGUAUGUUGAUAAAAGUCUUUGAUUGAUGCUGGGAAGCAAAAUGAGAUACACGACGAUGCAAAAAUAAGCGUUGCUUAAAGUGGGUCUUUCAAAUAUCACCCGCAAGGCCGAAUGAGGUGUUGUUUGUCGUAUGCGAUGUGUUUGCGAUGAGAAGCUUAGUCCCAAACCUAAUGGAGUAAAUUAUCACUGUCAUUGAGAAACGUAUAUUCCGAGUAAAUUUCCUAGUAGAGUUUCAGCAGAUGAGACACUCUUGUCACUUCAAACUACAAGAAAAGCCCUAAUUUUUUACUUUUUUUGUCCCAGGUCGCCGUGGUGCUGAUGGUCGUCUAAGCAGUGCCCAGACUGCUCUCAUGCUUCAAGAAGAAACCAUUAGGCGCCUGGAACGAGAGCGAAAGGGUCUGAACGAGAAAAUCUCGGUAUUAGAUUCCAGUCUUGCUCAGGCCGAGGGCGAGCGCCGUCAGCUACGGGACAAGGUUGCUCAACUUCAACAAAGCGAGGCUAAGAGCGAUCAGGAGAAAGAAGCUAUGCGCGCGCAGAUCGAGAACGCAGAGUCGAGGCUGACCAAAGUUGAGUUGAGGAAGAGGUCUUUGGAAGGUAUGUUUUUGUUAACAUGAAACUUAAGAAACGUUUUUUGUCAUUUAAAUAAUUCGAAUCGAAUUUUUAAACAAAAACUCCAUAACAAAAUUGUAAGCGGCAUCACUACUUAAGGAUUUCGUUGCAUUAUGCUGAGGCUUCCUCGUUUUUUUCAGGUGACAUCGAAAGGCUACGAAUGCAGUCGGGCGAAAGCGAAGCCGAGAAGCUUGCUCUCCGAGAACGUAUCGAUCAACUAAUGCGAUCGCAACAAGAACUGGAGUCACGUGCAACGUCGCUACAACUUACAGUUGACAGAUUAACGCUUGCUCUAGCAAAGACAGAAGAAGAGGAACAAGCUUUUAAAGAAAAGGUAUUAAACUUCACUGUCAAAGUAUUAAACACAAUAGAAAAUGAGUUAAAAGGAACACAGUUUUUCAGCACUUCAUGUGCGAGGUGUCUAAAGGGUUAUUCACUUUUUUUAUUUUGUGGAUUAUUUAACUCAUCAGCUUUUGUCUUGGUUGCUAGGUUACCGAACUGUCACUUAGUUUGAAUGACAGCAAUGCCACAUCUCAAUCAUUGCAAGAGAGGCUGCAGCAAAUGCAGCGUGCGCUUACCAACAGUGAGCAUGACCGCAAGAUCAUGGCAGAAAGACUGGAGGCGCUUAAGGCCGCUCAACAAGAUGCAAAGAACAGAUACAAUGUGCUGCAGGACCGCAUGCAGCAGAUGAAAAAUGAACAGGCUGAUUCAGAGGUUUGUUAAGUAGGGUGGUCUCCAUUUGCUUUGCUCAAACUCUAAAGGAACUGAAAACUCUAGCCCACCAUGCGGACGAUCUUAGGGCUUCUUUACGCGUUCCCUCUUCCCUCUCGUUUUAGCAGACGUUCGUAGUUUUAGUGGUGACAUUUGAAAGAAAUGGUUAGCACAGGAAAAUCCUUUCCCUUCAGAUAUUUAAUUGAACACAAUUAGAAAUUUUGACCACAUACCAGACGAUUGACAUGAGCAUGACUAACUUGUUUUAUUGUCGAAGGUAAAGGCUGUCAGAGUGGUAGGGAUCGAUGAUUCAUGCGAAGCUCCUCUUGUAUCUCCCUUUGAUGAAGAUUUAAGGUUAAGAUUUCCUCUUGGUUUUGCCAGGUUCGACGCAUGGAAGUAGAAGGCCAAAUACGCCAAUUACAGCAGAUGUUACAGCAACAGAAGGAAGCCGAAGAAGAACUGGUAGCGAGAAUCGGUAAAUUACAAGAAGAGAAACGCGAACUUCAAGAUCGAUUGGCAAGCUUCCAGCGAGGACUGUCCGGCGCCGAGCAAGAGAAGAGGGAGCUGGAACGAGCGCAUGUUCGGUUGGAGAAGGACAAGAAGGCUUUAAGGAACACACUUGAUAAGGUACGACUUUUGAAGGUUGAACUCUGCGGUUGUUUCCAUCGUAGCUUAUGCGGUUGGAAAGAAAACGUGACAAAUUACGUGUUUGGUCGUAAACUUUGUUUUCUUGUUCUCCCUUGCGCUCCGUUUUCCCUUCACCCGUCGCGACUGAGAGCCUGGCAAAAACUAACAAAUAAGUCGCAACACUUAAAUGUUCUUCCCACCGCAGUUAUGAGGACUAAUACCAAGUUUCUAGGAGUGGCUACUUAACAAGGCACAGUAGAAAUAGUGUAGGAGGCGGCGUCGUUUUUUCUCUGUUCUAGCCUUUCACUAAAAAUCUUUGUGCUGUUUUUAGCGGUCGGAGUUGCGCUCAUUUCACAAAGGUAACGAGUUGGAAUACUGGUACCAGGUCGUAAGCUUUCAUAUCAAAACUUAUUCACACACGUUUGCAUUUCAUUUUUAACUAAUGUGUAAAGAUGGGAAAAACCUGUAUCACUGCAUGCUACCUCGUUACUACAAUGAUAUCUUUUGCCACCCAACUAAAGCCCCUAACUUCUCUGUUCGAUUGUUUGGCUCCGUGCAUUUUAAACGAUAUUUCUUUCAUAACGUUGAUAGAUCGAGCGAGAGAAACUUGAAGCCGAAGAAGUGGGUGCAAGAUUGCGUGACGAGCGUGACAAGCUAGACAGGACAAGUAGCUCUUAUGAGCAAGAUAAUCAGGAAUUGCAGAGAACAGUCCAUGCUCUGCAACAACAGAUUGCUGAUACUGAGCAUGCGCAUGCACAAAAGUAAGUGCCUCAUGUAUGCUUCCAGUUGAAUGUCAGGUUUUUUUUAAUUAUUUUAAGGGACUAUGUCACAAAAAUAUCGCUGUUUUAGGUCAAUUUUGUGCUGAAGUCAUUACUAAGUGCCUUUACCGUGCGCAUGCGCAAGAAGAAGAUAUCAAACAAAUUUCAUCAGAGAGCACUAACUAUAAUUAAAUUUUUUUACGUUUUUCAAGUUUUAAGCCAAUGCUUUCCUUGCAAUUCGCUCCAACAGACAACAGGAAAUGAUUUCGAUACCUAAUUGACCAUAAUUUUUGGAAUUCAGUUGGCGUGAAGACAUCUUUUAGCGUUUUAUUAAGAUAGCAAACAGCCUGACAUAGCGGCCCUUGUAAAUAGUCUAAUCGCUUUCAUCAGCAGACUUCGUAUUAGUUCCUUGAAAAUCUAAUGCUUUGUUUGUUUUAAAACCCAGAUUGGUUGAGCUGACAACCCGACACCGACAAGAAGUAGAUAUUGAAAGCGAGAGGGCUAAACAAUCUCAAAGUCAACUGGAGAAAACUCAGUUGGCCCGGGAACGAGCUCAUAAACAGAGGGUCAAGGGAUUAGAAGAGCAAGUACGUAUGAAAUCGCUCGGAAGAUGGUCAGAAGGGUUCGAACAUUACCGAUAAUUACGAGCCAUGUCGAUGCCUUUUCAUCGUUUAAAGAAGGUUUCCCCUUUUGAUACAGACUAUGGAUAUGACAAGGAGAAUCUUUAUUUUUUAGUGUUGUGGCAGAAAAUUUUUAAAUCGCCGUGAUGCUCGCGGCUUUCACAUUUCCCGCCGAAAACUAAGUAGAUGCGACGGCAAGAGGCAAAACUUUUCAUUCACAUAAAUUGCCAGAAGCACUCAAAACAACACCGCAAAACCCGAGUUUUAUGCCAACAUUCCGACUUCUAGAUAUCUCACAUACGAAAUAUCUUUCAGACCUUAUUCUUGGCUUGCAUAAGGCUUGCCUAGUCCUUGUACGGCGUUUUCCCAGUCCCUCUCUGUCAAUUCCCUUCGGUGUCGUGACCCUAACGCUUUGGCCUCGCGGAAUAAUGAGGCCUAGGGACUAGGCAAAUUCUUGGCGAGGAUCUGUUAAUUUCCAGAUUCUAAACGUUAUGUUUUUUGAAUGGAUUCGAUUUUUGGGGGAUAGCGUAACGGUGAAACUAGAGAGUAGUCCAUUUUACAGUUACAAAUGUUGGAGUUCACCUUUUUUUUGAUAUAACCCUUCUUCCCUUAUUGAGUUAAUCAUGUUCUUGUGCUAACUAGUUGGUUAAGCAUAAUUUUCAUCAGAAAAGGAAGGAGGUUUGUUUCAAAAGGUCAAUCUCAGCCUCACGUACACACAGAGGCGAGGGUACGAAGCUCAUAACUGUAAAAUGGUCUGUUCUUAGUUUGCAACCACGCGACAUGGCGACCAUGUUGGUUGUCAAUACAAUAAAAAUUAUUUCAAAGAAUUUACAUGAAAAUGGAGCUUAGUUCCCAGAGAAUAGAAAUGUGUUUGUUCUUGACCAACAACAUGGCUGCCCUGACGUCACGUGCAAUUCAGCAAUACUCAUGGUCUGUUUUGCCGUUUUACUUCUCUUAUCAGGUUUCAACCUUGAAAGACCAGCUCUCUAAAGAAAUACAAAAGAAGCAGUCCUAUAUAACACGUACUGCGCAGAAAUCAGACGAAAUCCGUGAUCUCAGAGGUAAACUGGAAGACUCGCUUCACACAGUGGCUCGUGACACGAUGUAUGAGCCUUCGAUUCUGGAACGAGAGUCACAGAGACUUGAAGACUCUGUGGAUGCGAGCUUCUCAACUUCGCCCAUGCGCCGGACUAAGUCUGCCUCGCCUCCAGUCCGAUUCCCUUCCGACAAGGUAGCGACAAGCACUCCAGCGUACUCGGGAGUGUCGCCAUCUCGCCGAACAACUCCGAUAUCCUCGUCGGUGGCUCGUCGUACAACUCCUGGAGUGAGCCCUCUGCGCAAAACUAGGAAGUCAACUACAUGAACGUUUUAUUUUCAAAUUUAGUUCUUAAGCAAGAUAAUUCCAAGGAUUUUUUUUGUUUCGGGUAAAGGGAAAAUCACUUGUUUUUAACUAAUUUUUAUAGCUUUAAAAGGCUGCAAGCGAUUUUUCACACUUUUCCUUCUUAUAUACCCCGACUUUUUUCCCUCGUGUGUGGCGGGAUGCCUUGUUGUCGGCCGACAAAUUUUCGGCCGAAAAUACUUAACCGAAUCCGGAAACUGAGUGUGGAAAGUCUCUUGCGCUCAGAGUUCUUUGGGCGCAUUUUUUUUUUGGCUUGGCGUUCUUACAGUGUGUAUGCGUGAAAAGUCAGCCCUUUUGCUUGUCGUUCUUACAAAUGUUUUACCAGAACGCCCUAAUUUUUUGUUUAUGUUCACCAACACCUUCUUGGAAUCUAUUGAAAAAGGUUUUUUCUCAUAUUUAAUUUUACCAAUUUCAUUCGUUUUUAGGUGACUUUGAUUGAAAAACAGAUAAAGAUUUUAAAUAGGUAGAUUGAAAAUCUAAUAUAUUUUAACGCCAUUCCCAUACCGUGUGUGGUAAAUGAUUUGAACAUCUAGAGAAUGCACUACAAUAGGGUACGUCAUUGUUUACAUUUUUCCUCAUUAGCAUACUACUAAACUCAUAGAAGCGGUGGCCGUAUAAAUGCAAAAGUUAAAAGAGCUGAUCAAGUUGAGCAAUUUGUGCAAUUUUUCAGCUCUUUGCAAGCAAUAUUGAAGGAAAUAUCGCCCAUCAAAAACUGCGAAAUUGCUGUUUGGCAAAAAAGUUAAUGACCCAUACAUUCUCUGUAAAAUUUCGAGUUUUUAGAAGGGAAUUUCUCGGAAACCGUUCUGUUUAUUGGGCUCAAAUCUUCAGAGAUAACUCAAACUGUUAUACCCUUUCAAUAUUCAGAGUUUUUUUUUAUUAGUGUCAACAGUUAGUGAUAAGCAUAUGUUAAUGAGGCAAAAAUUGUAGCCAAAAAUUCGCCUCGGUCGCUUUCACUGACCGUGUUUGGGGAUGUCUUGUAACGGUUUGAAAACAACGUCACGCACAAUUCUUGUAGGAGGGUUGCGUUACACCCCAAGAGUGACUAGUGAGUGUGGCCGACUUUGAUAGUGUUUAAAGAAAACUGAUUUUUAAUCACGUUUUAUUAUUUUUCAUUUUAUUUUAGUUUCUUUUUAAUCUCAAACGUGCCUA